UACGAACAAGCGCUACUCACGCAUCAUCGACACGCUGAGCUCCACGAUUAUCCUGUCCUAGACCUACAAUCCAAAAUCAUUGACGAUCUCUGGAACAAGCCUGCAUAUCUGCUCUCGUUGGUCCUUGACGAGCUUCGCAAACCGGAAGGACAUAGAGUCGAAUGGCUGUUCUGGUUCGACAGAGACACGGUUAUACUCAAUCCCUGCAUCCCCUUACAUAUCUUCUUGCCGCCGAGAGACGACAUCCAUAUUGUAAUCUCCAAUGACUGGAAUGGAUUGAAUAAUGGCGUCUUUGGUCUCCGCAUUAAUGAGUGGAGUGCGAGGCUCUUGAGUACAAUCCUGGGAUACCGCGAGUUAAGGCCUGACGAGGAGCUACGCUUUACUGAACAAAGCGCCAUGGAGAAGGUGUUGCAAGACUCGAGGUUUAAACAGGGUGCGGCAUACUAUCCACAGAGAUGGUUCAAUGCAUAUGAAGCGGAAGCAGAGAAGGAUUACGCAGUCAAAGAUUCCGAUCUGCUGGUUCAUUUUGCGGGCGUUGGAGACAGGCUGAAGAAGAUUGCGAAUUGGAUCGAGAAGGCGGAUUCAGAAUCCGAAGUGUGGUCAGUUGACUAUCGUUCGACUAGCUUGCCGUAG